CUCUCAUCAGCACCACUCAGCGCAGUGGGAGAGAGAAAGAGAUAGAGAGAGAGGGAGGGAGGGAAAGGACCGGAGAAGUGGAGACUAGCUCGGUCGUCACAGCCUCAUCUACAACCGAGUAGAAUCAAGGAGAGGAGAGCGGAAGGACAUCUCACCUUCUCAUACGCUAUUUUACAUCUCCUCUGACCUCCAGUCCAGCUUCCUUCUUUUUUUUCUCCUUUCUUCCCAUCAUCUUGCCUCGGGUAUGAUGAGCUCCAGCCUGCUAGAAAACCCGGUGCAGGCGAUUCUGUACCUGAGGGAGCUCACCACCAUCGUCCAGAACCAGCAGAGUCUUAUCCAGACCCAGCGCGCACGGAUUGAGGAGCUGGACCGGCGCGUGGACGAGCUCAUUGGCGAGAACAGGCACCUGCGGGACGUCAGGGUGCAACAGCAGAUUCCUUACCAUCACCACCAUCAUCAUCACCCCGACCCCAGCUGCCUUCACCAUCACCACCAUCAGGACCCCCAGCUCAAGACAACUGGGGGGUCUGUGCCUGACCAUGGGACCGCACCAGCACAGGUCGAACUUGCUCCGGGGGUCCAGCCCUCGCCUCCCCAGCCCAUGGACCCGGGGGACAUGCAGUUGGUCCCUGCUGACCCGUCUACGAUUUCCCCAGUUGAAAGUGAGACCGAAAACGGCGGAAGUUGCUCCGGCUGCCGCUCUUUGGUUCCGAUGACCCCGACAACACUUUGUCGAUCCCUCGCCAUGGCUCGGAAAUCCGAGAGCGAGACCGUGCUGCAUCAGUUUUGCUGCCCCGCCCCUGAACACCCAGAAGCCGACACCACUGGCUCGUCCGGUGGACAGAUACUGAGCCUGGAGGAUGGAACGUCCUCUGGCGGGGGACAGGAAAUGGAGGGCACCAAGAGGGAGGGACCCAGCGAGUAUGAGAUCAGCCUGGAGAAUAAAAACAAGCAGAUAGAGGAGCUGGAGCAGAAGUACGGAGGCCAUCUCAUAGCCAGGCGAGCAGCCCGUCGCAUCCAGACGGCCUUCCGUCAGUAUCAGCUCAGCAAAAACUUCCAGAAGAUCCGCAACUCGCUGUCGGAGAGCAAGCUGCCCCGUCGCAUCUCUCUGCGCCACCCCAGCCCUUCGGGCCGAAACCGGAAUUCGACCCAGAGACACAGUUACAAUCUGCAUCCAGGAGGGGGGCAGAUACCCUUGCGCUCGAAGACUCCCCCUCCGCCCCCAUGUCGCUCCACCUCCCUGCCACCGUCCCCUGCGUCAGCCCCAGCCGCUGCACGCUCUCCGGGCCAAGACCAAGCCCCGCCUCAAACUCCUGGACCCUCGCUCACACAGCUGGAAGACUGCUUCUCCGAGCAACUGCACUCCUUAGCACAGUCGAUUGACGAGGCCCUUCGUGGUUGGAGCUUGUCCGAGGGUGGCGAGAGCAAGGGACUGCUCAUGGACCCCGGGGCCCUUCGAGCAGCUGCUGAGAGCGCUUGUCUGCCGCGCAGUGCCAGCUCACUGCUCAUGGCCUUCAGGGAUGUCACUGUUCACAUUGACAGCAAUAGCUCCUACACCAUCUCCUCCGCCACCACCACAACCACCACCUCUUUGGGUAACGCAAGCGGAGGAGGACCGGGAAGCAGGAAGACCUCUUUGAGUGGGAUGGCCGGGGCAGGAGACAGCCAGUCGGCGGAGGAGCCGGAGUUUCCCGCGCCUCCACCCAGCGAGGAGCUGGAGAUGGUUGACCCAGGAUCGAGGAGGGGCUCCGCAGUGCCGACUGUGGGGGGGAUGGAAGGGGAGAGCAGCUCAGACAGACUAGGGUCCACCUCCACUUCUACCUCUACUUCCACUUCCAUCUCCACCUCAACCCAGUCCAACCAGCAGCCCGCCCAGAUUUACACCCAGUACCAGCAGUACCACUACACCCAUCCUCAGCAGAUCCCUGGGGGGCCGAGCCCCGAGGCCCUGCAGGCCCUCGUCGUCUCUCUGCCGAGGGACCGCUGCCAGGAUCCGGCAUCUUGCCGCUCGCCGACCCUUUCCACCGACACACACCGCAAACGCCUCUACCGUAUAGGACUCAACCUCUUCAAUGUGAACCCAGAACGAGGCAUCCACUUCUUGAUCACUCGCGGCUUCGUCCCGGACACGGCCAUCGGAGUGGCUCACUUCUUGCUGCAGAGGAAGGGCCUGAGCCGGCAGAUGAUCGGGGAGUUCUUGGGGAACAGCAAGCUGCAGUUUAACAGAGAUGUCCUCGACUGCGUUGUGGAUGAGAUGGAUUUCUCGGGCAUGGAGCUUGACGAAGCCCUGAGAAAGUUCCAGGCUCAUGUCCGUGUCCAGGGAGAAGCACAGAAAGUGGAGAGACUCAUCGAAGCCUUUAGUCAGAGGUACUGCAUGUGCAACCCUGAUGUGGUGCAGCAGUUUCACAACCCAGACACCAUCUUCAUCCUAGCUUUUGCUGUGGUCCUCCUCAACACUGACAUGUACUCGCCCAACAUCAAACCGCAGCGUAAAAUGGGACUUGAUGACUUCAUUCGCAACCUAAGAGGUGUGGAUGAUGGAGCAGACAUCCCCAGAGAGAUGGUGGCAGGUAUUUAUGAAAGGAUCCAGCAGCGAGAGCUGCGCUCAAAUGAAGAUCAUGUCACCUACGUGAGCCGCGUGGAGCAGUCUAUCCUGGGCCUGAAAACUAUCCUCGCUGUGCCCCACAGACGCCUGGUGUGCUGCUGCCGCCUGUUCGAGGUGCCGGACGCCAACAAGCCACACAAGCAGAAACUGUCCCAGCUCCAGAGAGAGGUCUUUCUCUUCAACGACCUGUUGUUGAUUCUGAAGUUGUGUCCCAAAAAGAAAAGCUCGGCAUCGUACACCUUCUGUAAAGCUAUGGGUCUCCUGGGAAUGCAGUUUCACCUCUUCAGCAAUGAGUACUAUGCCCACGGCGUCACCAUGCUGAGCCCGUUUACCUCGGAGAAGAAGCAGCUGGUGAGCUUCUGCUCUCCGAGCGGAGACGAGCUCAGGAAAUUCGCCGAGGAGCUGAGAGAGGCUAUCGCAGAGGUCAACGAGAUGGAGCAGAUACACAUCCAGUGGGAACUGGAGAGGCAACAAGGCAUCCAGCCGCACGGCCUGCACACCAAUGGGGGUCAGCUGGACACACACGCAGGGCACGGCUCUCCUUCAGGCCAACAGGAUCCGUACGAUAAAACCGGCAACAACAACACAGUAGAGGUGUCAAUUCACAACAGGCUGCAGACCUAUCAGCUGAGCCAGCCCAGCAUUGAGUCCACGCCCCUGGCCCUGGCCGCGCCCCCCGCCCUCCUCAGCCCCAUCCAGGCGGGGGAGCUCCGCCCAGAAACACUCAUCCAGUGCCAGCAGAUCGUGAAGGUGAUCGUCGUGGACCAGAGCGGGCGAGGCCGGAUGGAGGCCUUCCUCAGCCAAGGUCCGGCCACGCACCAGCUGAUCCAGUCGGCCCUGUCGACGCCCGUCCGCGUCAGGGAGGGAGACGGCCCCCAACCUCCCCUGCCGCCCCCCCCUCCACCUUACAACCACCCCCACCAGUUCUGUCCCCCUGACUCACCCAUGCCCCUCCACCACACCAUGCCUCUAACCCGCAGGCGCAACUCCAGCGGCUCCCGCAGCAUCGUUUGACUCACUGGCCACUUUACGAACGGGCCGGACAUGAGCCGUGCACUCGAGAACACACACAUGCCGGAGAGCAACUCCACUCUGAAUCGUGAAGCAAAAGCAGCGCAAAAGUAGUAAAGAAAACCAAGAAUCUAUUCACAGCGACUGAGCUGGGUCGCCUUGAUUCUGAAAGAUGACUUUUCUCCUUCCCUUUUGUCACCGACAUGUUACCUGGUAGCUGGUGUUGUUGUUCGUCCAGAUUUCACACUCUUUAGGGGAUAUGGACACGCUGCAUUUCUAAAUGUCACCCGUCCAGCAAAUGUAUCUGUGAGAUUUAAGUGUGAAACCGAGCGACGAUGUCAGAAAAGCCGCUUGGCAGCCCCUUGAAAGGUCACGAGAUUGCUCUAAGUACAAAAGGACAAAAUCCGGGUUUGAUUUCUUUCAGGAUAUCGACAUUCGCGACUCUUAUCGGUCCAGUUUUCCAUUACAAAACACCACACUCAGCACACUCAGUGAGGAAUAAUUUCUGCACAACUACCCCAGCUUCUCUACACUGUAAUCAUUCCCCUCUCAUCUCUGCAUAAUACGAAGAAAGAAGAGUAGCAGCUUAUUUGUUCCUGCAUUUUCCUGCAUUCUAGGGAAGAGAUAAUCAGUAUAUGUGAAAACACUGAAAGGCUUUACCAUCUCUACCACAUCAUGUACAGUAUACGUACUACACAAACCUAAACCGACAUCCUGAUGACAAUCAUGUUUCUGUGCUUCAUCGUUUCGUUAAAGCCGCGUUGCUGGAUUAUAUCCCGGUAGUAGCAUGUCGCUGGCCUGAUUCUGUGGAGUUGUGCUAUGACAGAGCUCAGGAAAGAGUUUGCCGCACUGCAACAUGUAGUACUGUUCCUGCACAUCUGAGCUGCACUGAGAGGAAAGUGCUUGUGUACUGUGUGUUCAGUCUGCUUACUCAUGAGCAACAGGGAGUCAGGCUGGUAAUUCAUCAAAAAAAAAAAAAAAAAAAAAAAAACAAGCCCAAAGCAGGCAGAUGAAGCCUCUUUCCUCCUGUACAUUUACUCCUAAUGGGUUACAGUGUGUGAAUAUUAAUGUUACCUUUGGAUUUCUGCCCAGAAACUGUUUUUUUCCUUAAAGGUUUAGUUUAAAAAUGAAGUGAAAUUACUCUACACAGGGUAGACCAAGGUCACCUCACUCAAAACAUUACUAUCCUCUCUCACCUAUUAUAUUUUCCUUACUCGAUAUUAUAUAAGCAGAGAUGCUUUUCUGUUCUGAAUGUCAAAUCAGGGGGAAAACUGAAGAUGUCCGUGGAACAAUUAUUGAUCUCAUCGCCACGUCCUCAGUCCAGUGUCGAUGGUUUCGAGCGGUUUGUACAGCACAUCAAGCAUCACCCGACUGAGACAUACCCAACACGUCUUGUACCUUUUGCACCACAGAAUAUAUUGGAUAUAUUGUAAAUAGACAAAAAUAGAUUUAUUCUGAAAAAGUGAUUGGUUUGCCCAGUGUGAGUAUCUACGUGUGUAUUUGUACAGAGAAGAUCUAGUUUAAAAGCUAAAAAAAGGAUAUUAUAGUUAUUAUAGUUAUUAUUUAUUAUUCACAUCUAAUAUCAGGGGGGUGUCCUAAAUGCUACCGCUGUGAGAGGAAGGAGAGACAGGCAGCUUUUAUAGAACACACUCCGGUUACCGUGGUAACGAACACUGACAUUAUUACAGAUUCAUCAUUAAAUUAUGUCAUGUUAGCACAGGAUUAUUAAAAGACGGCUGUGACACCUGUGAAGGUGUGUAAAGGGCUAUGCUGUAUUGGCGAAUACGUACAGUAAAUCACAGGUCAUAUACACACGCACACACGCACACAAACACACACAGAGGUUUAUAAACAAGUGCACACAUGCAGACACACUGACGUACACAAACGUGCACAUAGCUGCCAAAGCAACCACAAAUUCUGCUUAAAUUUACCUUAGAAACUGCUUGAUUUCUCAAGUCAGCGACCCCACUCUGUUUACUCUAAACUUGUAUUAUACGGCAUGUUAUUUUUAUUUAUCUUUUUUUUUCUUUCCAUUUACAGUACACGGGAGGAGUUUGACUCUAUGUUUGUAUCAUUAUUGCCAGGGCAUGUUGGGUUGAUUGAUGUCAUUUUCUGCUCUCCCUCUCUCUACUUCCCUCCUCCUCUCUGCCCUUUCGCCCCUGCCUUCUCCGUGGUAGUCAUGGAGAUGCACCAAUCUGCAUCCUCACUGUGGAGCACAGUCAUUAAUCUUUGCACCCUCACGAUAUUUCUAAAAAGGAGAUUUCUUAAAGAUCAACAUGUUUACUAAUGGAAUUUCUAAUUUUUUCUGUUUGAAGAGAAUGAAAGAAUAAAGUAGUUUUUACUCUC